CGCUUUGCCCAGCACAAAGUGGAUUUCUUAGGACACUACGUAUCUGACCAGGGUCUCCACAUGGACGACGCGAAGAUCACUGCUAUUGCGGAGUGGCCCGCUCCCACAUCCGCCAAGCAGCUUCGCAGCUUCCUAGGCCUGACCAGCUACUAUAGUAACUUCAUCCGGGGAUACGCUAGGUAUUCCUACGUCCUUACCUCCACCCUCCUCCGGAAGAACCCACCCUGGGCUUGUUCACCCCUCCACGAGGACGCCUUCCGCCCUUUUAUCCUUACCACCGAUGCGUCAGACUUCGCUGUAGGAGCAGUGCUUUCUCAGGUCUUCCCCUCAUCUCCUGAUUCCUCUCAUCCUCGUAUCCCUCGCUUCCCACCACCUACCCCUACCACUGCUUCCCGACUGACGCCUACUCGUCCAGCUACUAACGAGCCUUCUAUUGACUAUUCUCCUACCAUCGUCGAGGACGGCACUGUCAAGUCUCGCUUAGGUGAUUGUCCGAUAGCCUUCUACUCGUGUCAGCUCCUGCCCGCCGAGAUAAACUACACUGCUGAUGAACAUGAGGUUCUCGCAGUAGUUUAUGCCGCUCGGCACUGGCGUCACUACCUGCACGGGGCACCAUUCACGGUGCGCACGGACAACUCUGUUGUCCAGGCUUUUCUGACAAAGCCGAAGCUCACUCCUCGACAGGCUCGCUGGUGGCGCGACCUAUCCGAGUUUAGUUUCACCACUGAGCACAUCAAGGGUGAGACUAAUCGGGUCGCCGAUGCCCUAUCCCGGCGCCCUGACCACGACCAGGAGCACAUCCAGCUCUCUUCCAUCUCGGUCAGCACCAUUCACCACUCGGUGAUCGACGAGUUUUGCACUCAGUACCGCCACUACCCCGACUAUCGCGACAUCCACGAGACCCUUCGGAGUGGCAACUUGAAGACCGUUCCGAACUACUCUCUCGGGGACAACGGUCUUAUAUACUGGCACGGUUCACAGGGCACCAGAGAGCCCCGUAUUUGUGUUCCCUCCACUGGACAACUACGUUUCCGAGCAGUAGCAGAGUUCCAUGACCAGGCAGCUGCCGGUCAUAUGGGUUUCCACAAGACGUUGGCUCGUGUGAGCCGCCUGUACGUCUGGCCGAAGCGCAAGGACUUUGUGAAGGACUAUGUCGCAGAGUGUCCCACCUGUCAGGAGGUGAACAGUGCGAACCACCUACCUUAUGGUUUGCUCCAGCCUCUUCCUAUCCCUGAGGGUCGUUGGCAGUCCAUCUCGAUGGACUUUAUCGGUCCUCUUCGACCUCCGACCCCCUGCGGUCAUGAUGCUAUCAUGGUCGUCGUCGACCGCUUCACGAAGCGUGCACACUUUGUUCCGUGUCGCUAUGCCAUCAGUGCACGUGAGGUCGCCGACAUUGUAUUUGACCGAGUCAUGCGUGACCACGGCUUACCUCUGAGCAUCAUAUCUGACCGUGACCCGCGCUUUACCAGCCAAUUCUGGCGACGGCUCCACGAGGUGUAUGGCACUCAGCUCCGCUUCUCCUCGUCUUACCAUCCUCAGACUGAUGGUCGGACCGAGAUCACAAACAGGACUCUCGGGGAUAUUCUCCGAAAGAUUGUUCGUGACGACAAGCAGUGGGAUCUCCAUCUUGCCCACGUGGAGAUAGCCUACAACCAUGCCGUCUCGCCAACCACGGGGAUGUCGCCUUACUAUUGCGACCUCGGCUAUCACCCGCGUGUUCCCGCGGACUUCCUUCGACCGUCCCAGAUGCACCCCGACACGAGUUGUCCCGCGCUGGAUGAUUCGGUUGCACACAUGACAUCGAUUAUGAAGACCGCACAUGAGCACAUAGCCGCUUCCCAGACUCGCAUGGCAGCACGUGCGAACCGAUCGCGGAUGGAUCACCCAUUCAAGGUCGGUGAUGAUGUGCUUAUCGACGCCCGCCACUUACAGCUCAAAGCGGGCACGCUUCGCAAGUUUCGGCGUCGUUUCUUUGGCCCAUGCCGCAUCCUCCAGGCCGUCGGCUCUGAUUCGGCAUCUAGCCCGGUCAACUUUCGUGUGAAGCUGCCCGACUACCUACGCCAGGCUCGUGCGCAUGAUGUCUACCACGUCUCGUUACUGCGUCCUUACCGCAGACCGUUUGAGCGUUUCGCUGGACGACCAUACGAGCGCCCUCCACCCAUCAUGGUGGACGGCCACGAGGAGUUCCUCGUUUCAGGCAUCAUUGGUCGCCGAGUCACCGACGACAACCCUCCCCACGUCGAGUAUCUCGUACGUUGGAAGGGUUACCCUGAUGAGGAGGUUACCUGGGAGCCCCUCGAGCACUUGCAGCACGCUCGCAUGUUGGUGCGUGCCUAUGACCGUGCUCGUCGUGCUGGGUUCACUGCUCCUCCUCAGCCCAUUGACCCUCCUCCUUCUCAUCCGGCUGAGGAGACCGCUGAAGUCGAGCCUGCUCCAUCUGAGGCACACCUUCAGCAGCAGCCGGAUGCCUCUGAGCGUCCACAGCGCACUCGUCGUCGUCCUGCUCGAUAUGACGAUUGACUCUGACUUACCUUCCCACGUCUUUGACUUCUCAGUACUCCAUCCACAUCAGUUUUGCUACUUCAGCUC